AUGCAAAACAACACUUUCUUCAAUGGGACCAAGCACCCUGUGUUGCUCAAGUUCCCUAGCUCGUUGUUAAAAGGUUUCUCAAAGGGUUCUGUCAAUUUCAGAGAGAAUCUCACUGCGUUGAUCAACAGAGCUUAUAAUAAGCCAAGGUUGAGAUACAAUAUCAUUCUAACAGAAAGAAUAAAACACCACGAUGAUAUCUUGCUUGAUUUGGGGUUGGAUAAGUCCAGCAGUAACUGUUAUAUAUAUUGUUUAUUGGUUCCCAGGGACUGGCUAGGUUUUACUUCUGAUGAGUUGAUUGAGAGGUUUCAGAAAAGCACCACCACUAAUAGCACUCAAACAGUUCUAAUUGAACACGAAUCAGAAUUUCGUUUUAACAAAGAAAUCAACGAUAGGGUCGUUGGUAUCAUUGGAAUCAAACCAUUUCAAGACCUAGAUCAGACUUCACUUUCUAAUGUAUAUGGUGAAUCAUAUUCAAAUAUGUUAGAACUAACAUCCUUUUGUUCUUUCAAAUCAAAAACUGGUCCACUUUUGUUCAAUUUAAUGAAAAAUGAUAUUCAUUUAAGUUUCCCUCAAAACUUCAAAAAAAUUGUUGCAAUUGUCAUCGUUGAACAUAAUUUAGUUUUCUAUUAUGAAAAGAUUUUAAAUUUUAUCAAGAUUGAUAAUUCAAUAGUUAAGAUUAAAUUAAAAAGUGGUCAGAGUACUGAGAAAAAUGUCUUAUUAGAAGGUGGUAUUAAAGCCACAAGAGACUUUCAUUUACAGUCAUUAUACAUCAAUUUAUAG